CACAGUGUUGAUGCAUCACUUUCGCAGAAAUUAAACGUAUUGCAUUCACGUGUCACGUGAUAGAUCGCGGUUCUACAUGAAAAACUGCUACAUUUCAGUAGGUUUUUCGCGCGACAAUACGUACGACAUCCUUUGCGACAAAUAUGCGGCCGCACGAAUUUCUCACGCAUUGCUCCGUCUCGGCACGAUGUCUUUGCCUGAACGGUAGGAUUUGGCGAUAUUUGUGGGUCCUCGUGUAUCUACUCAGCCUUGCAGUUGCUUUCAACUCUUCCCAGCCACCCAUAAUUAACACGAAAUGGGGCUUGUUUCGCGGCAAGUGGAGCUGGUCCGUACCUGGUAAUCGGCCGAUCGCGAAUUUCCUUGGAAUACCCUACGCACAACCACCGGUGGGCGAACUGAGAUUCAGGAGUCCGCAACAAUGGAAUAACACGUGGAUGAAAAUACGCGACGCUACGAUCGACGGGCAGAAAUGUAUUCAAAUUACAAAUGGAACCAAAAUUGUUGGCAGUGAAGAUUGUCUUUAUCUAAAUAUUUUUAUCCCCGAUAUUUUAGAGAUUCGACAGAGAUCCCAAAAUCUACCGGUUUUAGUUUUUAUACACCCAGGUAUAUUUAAAGGAGGCAGUAGUGAUAGCAAACUAUAUGCGCCGGAUUAUUUGUUGAAUCACGAUGUGAUCCUCGUCACAUUGAAUUAUCGUCUUAGUGCCUUAGGCUUUUUUAGCACAAUGAACGAAGUCUCUCCAGGUAAUUACGGCAUUAAAGAUGUAAAAAUGGCCCUCGAAUGGAUACAAGAGAAUAUCCAUAGCUUCAAUGGGGAUCGCAGAUCAGUGACUCUUAUGGGAUUAAGUGCCGGUGCUGCGGCGACUCAUAUUUUAGCUCUCUCAAAGAAGACCGAGGGUCUCUUUGAUAAAUAUAUUUUGCACAGUGGUACCGCUUUACAUCCGUGGAGUUUUCAUCCUCCGAGAAAGUAUAGACAAGUAUGCUUGAAAUUGGCAAAACUUGUUGGCUGCCUGCCGAAAAGAGGCAACGGCAUGAAUGACACAAUCGACAAAAGUUCGGAAGAAAAUAAUGGAAGCAGCGCCUACGAUGACGUUUUGUACUCAAGCUAUACCAUAAAAGAUGACGAAGAGAUAAUGUCUUGCAUGAGAAAAGUUGACGCGAGGAAAAUACUAAACAUGACACAGUCUUUCCAUGUUUGGGAGAACAAUCCACAAGCUGUAUUUGGACCUACAUUGGAACUUGAUUCGGAGGACGCUAUCCUGACGAUGCAUCCAUUGAAGAUAAUAAAGGAAGGACUCUUUCGCGAUAUGCCAGCGAUAAUGCAAGUCGUGAAAGAUGAAGGCUUAGUGAAGACGACCAACUUAAUCAUAAAUCGCGACGUCAGGACCGAAUUCAUAGAGAAUUUCGAAGAAUAUUUUCUCUAUUUUGCGGAAUAUGAAAAUGUGGUUUCGAACACCAAAAUGUUCACGUCCGCGAUACAGGAUUUUUACUGUAAGGGAAAUAUAACAACGACUCCGAUGUAUAAUAUUACGGAGAUGGCAAGUGAUGCCCUAAUAAUGUGGUCGGUGUUUCAAACUCUACAAUAUCAGUCGAAAAAAGCAAAUUCCAGCAUUUACUUCUCUUUCUUCGCGUACGAGGGCACGUUCUCGCAUACCUAUUCUACUGGCAUUCCGAUUUACUACGGUGUUUGUCACGGGGACGAUAUGAACUAUUUCUUUCCUAUAUUAAAUAAUAUGUUUCCGGAUUUGUUACUGCACAAUACAGAGUAUGAUAAAACCAUGAUUAAUAUUGUAACAGAGAUGUGGACAAGUUUCGCGAAGAAAGGAAUACCAAGAACACGGCUGGUCCCUGAGUGGCCUGAUUACCACUAUCAUCACAAGUUCAUGAGAUUUGGGAUUGGGAAAGCACCGGAAAUUGUGGUACAAAGCGAUUUCUUGCCUGAUAGAAUGGCAUUCUGGGAGAAGUUGAUGUCAAACGUAUCGAUACCGAUAGAUGUGUUUAUCGUGCCAUCGAAAGAUACAGUUAUUACCAAUAACGCUAAUGCGAUCGAUCGCGAGCUAAUAGUUACAUUAAUUGUAUUGUCAAUGAUUAUACUCUCAUAAAUAAAAUUAUAUCUAUACUAAA